AAGCUUGAUUGGUUCGGCUAGCAAAUUGUUCCUUCUGCCCUCAGUUUCCCACAUCAAGGUCUUGAAUUUUCAAUUUCGCAUAGCUAAACAACAUCAAACAUCACGACCGAACUUUUUCGACCAACACCCAGACAUUAAUCCAAAAUGUCGUCGAAAGGAAAGAAGCCCGCCACCAAGUCGGCCAUCGAGCAGGUCGUGUCCCGCGAGUACACCAUCCACCUCCACAAGAGACUGCAUGGUAUUACUUUCAAGAAGCGGGCUCCUCGGGCCAUCAAGGAGAUCAAGGAGUUUGCGCAGAAGGCUAUGCAAACCUCCGACGUCCGCCUCGACCCUCAACUGAACAAGAAGGUCUGGGAGCAAGGUGUCAAGGGUGUUCCGUACAGAAUUCGUGUCCGAAUUAGCCGAAGACGAAACGACGAAGAGGAUGCCAAGGAGAAGCUCUACAGCUACGUUCAAGCCGUCAAUGUUAAGAACCCCAAGGGUCUGGUGACGGCCGUGGUCGAGGAGUAAGGGAAAGCAAAGGAAAAACAUCGUUUCGUUGAGAUACCGGCUGGGUUCAAGAAGGGCAUGGUUUCGGAGUUACCUUCUGGCUUCAUGACAUUAAGAUAAGAUUCACUAGUUGAUGAAUCAAGAACCGUGAACAAUAUUUACUUAUUUUUGUGACCCUCCCGCUCGCUAGUUGGAGAUGCUAUAAUAGCAUUUACCAACGGGUUUCUCACGUUAUACGGACA